GGUUGGGCGUAUUAGUCAUCCGAGUUGGUCUGAGGUUGGGCGUGCUAGUCAACGGGUGGGAAUACAAUGGCGUCCACAAAGAACACAUCCACAAGCGCUGGACCAUCUGCCCCCGGGGAGGGACGACCUGUACAGCAACCUACUCCUCAGUAUAUGCACACAAAGGGAGCACCAUGGUUUUUGGACUUUGUUGUUCAAGGGGACCUUUUUGGGCCAGUUGUUUUCAUGCGACCCACUUGCGUUACAGACGCUAGGGGAGCGGUCAACGUUGUUCCUCUCGGUACCGUCGUCUCGUGCGCGAAGACUCCUAGAGGUUUGCUCAAGUUGCACACUAACGGCGUGUACGACGAGUGCAGACUGCCUAUCAGAGGUGUUAAAGGUGUGCUGGUGACCAUCAAGAGUUUCGCGGGGUACGGCUCGAACAUGAUGUUGUGCUCUCACUUCAAAGGCCUUUACGAUGGCGGCAGCAAGCAUCUUCCAUCGCCAGAGCAAUAUCUCGAUCUCGCGCUGAUGGUGCCGAAAGAACGUCCGGUUCUUCCGCCAGAGCAUGUUUUUCGGCUUCUGCCACCCCGUGAGGGGUCGUCCGACUUGGCUCAAAAAAAUCCAGGUACGGCAGUGGGGCGCAGGAGUCCGAUUCAAGACGUUGGGGGUCGGGUCAAGGGACGCAACAUUCACACGCAGGUCGGCCCGGAUGCUCCUAGGAACACGUCGGACUUGCAUUCUCAGGGUACAGGGACUCCACGGGUCGGUACUCCGAAACUUAUCAAGGUCCGCUGCGGCGCCGAUACAUAUUCGCUUCGAGAUGAGACGAGAAGAGAUUCAAGCAGAUCGGGGCUAGAUGUUGGAUGGAAUGAGGCUGAAGGGAUGGGCGCUAUCCGCAAAAGCUCAAGAGGGGAGCAGACUCCUUCGGAGAAGAAGAGCGAGCGACAGAGGAGGGUGCGACAGGAGGUGGCGGAAGGAACCCUCCGCAUGAAGAGGAUGAGAGGAAAACCGGAGGCGUUGAUGGGCGGGGAUGGAGGUGGCGACGGAGAACGUGCCUCGGGAAAGAAGCCGAUGAAGGAAGAGGGUGGGACGACAAGUAAGAAAGCGAGGAGGCCCGGCGGUUUGAACAUCCGCGAAGGACAAGCCGCGGGUGGAGGAAAUUCGGUUGAUCCAGGCGCUGCGGCCGCGAGAGAACCUUCGGGGAAAUCGAAACGGAAAGUGGCAGCUGAAGAAGGCGAUGGCCAGAAGAAACCUCGAAGGCGGAAGACUGCUGAGGCGGCGAGCGGUGGCGAAGGGCCUGUCGGUCAGGAGUGCGACGAAGCGGCAGCGUUUUGGCUCGAAUACGAGCGGAACAAUGUCGGUGAAAUCGUGAAGAAGGUUCACAAAGAUGUCUUCAAGCCAGAGGACAAGGACAAGUACUACUAUUACCCUGUUAACGGACAACACACCGUGGCUGUUGUGAAGGAGUUUGAGGGUGAGCAGAUAUUCGAUUUGUGGAAGAUGCACUCGUGGCCAGCGAGAGUAGUGUGGUUCUCCGACCGAGAUUUUGCGAGGUAUAGGCAGGUCAGUCUCAACGAAAACACGAGACACAAGAUGUCUAAGCAGCGAUCGCAGAAGGCCGCGUUCUUGGACAUGCGUGAGAGCGAGAAGGAAAGAGAACCCCCUCGUAAGUUGACCAAGGCUGAGAGGAAAGCCUUGAACCAGAUACGAGGAGGGCAAGGUACUUCUCGUAAACAAGGAGAAAGCAGUAAGAACGGAGGACAUGGAAGCGGGGAGCGACAGGUUGACCAAGGACAACAAAAUCAAGGUCAACAGACUCAACCACAGGGUGGUCGAGGCCGUGGUAGAGGCCGCAGAAACGGAGGCGGACGUGGGAACUGGCAGGAAUACGUCUGCAAAUAUUGCGAUAUGAAAGGACAUGUUAUUCGUUUCUGCCAGAUUCUCGCCAAGGACGAGAAGGACCAUGUCGUCUUCACGACGAUUCGAGGAGAAGUGUUUGACUUCGAGGGAACUCUUAUCGAUCAGGAUAAUGAAGGAGGAAUGAGAAAGGAGGCUUUUCGACGAAUGGGCCGUCCUCUUCUGGCUACAUUCCGGUUAGCUUCUCCUGAAUAAGCAAACCUUUUUGAGUUAGAAGAAACAAUGGCUUCUAUGGAGAUUGGUGGGUGUGACGAAAAAGAAUUGGAGGAAAGGAAAAAAAACGUUGCUCAUCGGGCGCGAGAAGUGACCAAGAAACUAGGCAAAUGUCGAGAUUCCAUUGUUCAAUUAUGUGUUGACAUGGAAGAAGUCUGGCCGAAUCUUCCUAAUGUGUUCCUUUUUGGUGGAUUGGGGAACGAAGGUCAGGACAGGUCAGCACCUGUAGCCGCUUCGGCACCUGAAGC